AUGACCAAGGGGCAGGAUGACUUGCGGGUUCUCGUCGAGAACUCCAGAAGGGUUGAGAAUGGAGGACACCCGGGGCUGUUUGACGAUGUGUCUGGUAGGAUUGACGAUCACCAUGAUCCGAAUGAGUUUGACCACGUGUCAAGGCAUAGUGCUGAGGGUGCACAUGAUGAAGUUGAAAGGUAUCGUCUGAUUGAGGAACGUCUCAGGGCUGUUGAAGGCAAAUGGGUGUUAGGCAUGGAUAUCAAUAACUUGGGGCUGGUUCCUGGUGUGAGGAUUCCACCGAAAUUCAAAGUUCCAUCUUUUGACAAAUACAAUGGGGCGACCUAUCCUAUGACUCAUGUUAAGGCGUACUAUUGGAAGAUGUCGGUGUACUCUGAGGAUGAGGGUUUUCUAAUGCACUUCUUCCAGGAUAGUCUUGCUGGGGCUUCUUUGGAGUGGUAUGUUCAACUCAAGCGCACUCAUAUUCAUUCUUGGAGAGAUCUUGUGGAGGCUUUCAUUAAGCACUAUCAGUAUAAUGUUGACAUGGCACCCAAUAGGACUCAGUUGCAGAGCUUGGUUCAGGGGUCUAAAGAAUCUUUCAAAGAGUACGCUCAGAAAUGGCGCGAGUUAGCUGCGAGGGUUCAACCACCUAUGACUGAGCGUGAGAUGAUUGAUAUGUUCACCGGUACUUUGUCUGGACACUAUUACUUGGCUUGCAGUGCUUCAGCUAACUUUUCUGAAAUGUUAGGAGCUUCUUCUAAUUCUGUUGGUGGUAAGAAACAAGCUGAAGGUUAUGCCAGAAGGAAGGAAGGAAAUGCGGAUGCCAUAUAUGGAAGAAGGGGUUCAGGGAGAAGCAAUUCACAUGUUAAUGCUGUCAUGAUCCCAGUGCCACAACAACAAAAACAGCAGGGACAACGUUCCAAUAAUGAUCGCUAUCCUCCCAGGACUAGGCCUCACAGAAAGAUUGAUCUGAUUCCUAUGACUUAUGCUCAGGUGCCGCUGGGCAUGAUACAGAGGUGUAUUGCGUUGAAGAACAAAGUCCAGGACUUGUUGGAUCAAAAGAUAAUCCAAUUCACUCCUACACCCAAUGUUGUCAAUAAUCCGAUGCCUACUCACGGAGGUUCGGGUGUGAAUGCCAUUGAGAGUGAAGAGAUAAGUGUUGUAUCUGAUGUGAGCUGUUUGACUUUUCCUCUUGUAUCUAUGAAGCAACAUCUGAUUAAUAGCGGUAUCUUUCCGGGCUGUGGUGUUGAUUGUGAGAAUUGCAAAAGUCAACCUGAAGGUUGUGCUGAUUUGAAAGGUAUGGUACAAAAGCUGAUUGAUGAGGGUCCUCUUCAGUUCUAUCGAAGGUUGAGAGGUGCGAAGAGUAAGGAUGGUGAAGUGUCUGUGAUCUCAAUUCCUUAUGAUCCAGUUGUUCCAAUAUGUAUCCAAGUGCCUAUUCAGAUACCUGUCAGUAUCCCGUAUGAGGAACAACCAGCGGUGUUGAUGAUUACCGUGCCAGGGCCUAUUCCAUAUGAUAGUGAGAAGGCCAUCCCUUGGCAUUAUGGGUCAGACGUAUACUACUAUGGCACGAAGGAGGAGGGCGAUUCAUCUAAACAGAAGUUCGCGGAAGCCUCAGUUGCAAACACUGAUAACUUCGCCGGUACUGGUAGAAUUACUCGCAGUGGUAGGGUGUUCUCCCCUCAGCUUGUUCAAAACAAUGCAGAUGCUUUGGCUAAGGCCAAAGGAAAACAAGUAGUGACUGAUGUCCAGAAUUCUCUGACCCAAAAUGGGGCACCUGAUAGUGCUGUGUCUUCCAAGGAUGAUCUAGAUCUAUAUCUUGUUCUUGAUUUAUGGAUGGUUGAUGAUAAUUGA